AAGAAAGAAAGGAAACAGAAGAGAGAGAAAAAAAAAAAACACAAUAAUAUCAAGAAAACAUCAAAGAACAACAAAACAAAGAAAAAUUAGCCUUCCAUAGAGCAAGACAGUGUUACCAACCUGCCAAACAUGUCCGACAGUGUUGCCAACGGAGGGGGGAGGAUGGAGGACCUUCGACUUAAAUUGACCUCCUCCGAGACCUCCACCACCCUCAUCUCCCCCACCACCCCCCCCUCCGAUGCCCACUGCCCCCUCGUCACCGACACCCCGCCCCCCGCAUACAAACCAGGCUUGACAAUGUCGGUAUCAGACGGCAUGGCGAACACAGGGAAGGAGGUGGACGGUGGCGAGACUCCUGGGAUGGGCGUGAGUGUGGGCGUUCGAACCUACAAGAUCCGCUGGUUCAUUCUCUGCCUCUUCGUGCUGUACUCCAUGUCCAACGCCUUCCAGUGGAUCCAGUACUCUAUCAUUGCUAACGUCAUCGUGGACUACUACGGUGUGAACACAACACAGGUGGACUGGCUGUCUAUGAUUUACAUGAUCACCUACAUUCCUCUCAUCUUCCCGGCGUCAUGGUAUCUGGAGAAGGCGGGCCUCCGUCGGGCUGUACUGAUCGGCUCCUUCGGCACAAUGGUCGGGGCGUGGAUCAAGGUGGGGUCUGUGGCGAGGGACCGAUUCUGGGUGACCUUUGCGGGACAGUUCGUGGUGGCUAUCUCGCAGGUCUUCAUCCUCGGCGUGCCCCCUCGUCUCGCCGCUGUCUGGUUCGGCCCUGACCAAGUGUCCACCGCCUGUGCUAUUGGUGUGUUCGGGAAUCAGCUGGGCGUGGCUUUGGGCUUCCUGGUGCCUCCUGCGAUAGUGCCGACAACAGAUGACAUGGACCUUGUCGGCCAAAGACUUUCCUUCAUGUUCUAUGGCGUGGUUGCCUUGACGACCACUCUCUUCAUCACGAUCAUAAUUGUGUUCAAGGAGAAGCCGCCCACGCCGCCCACCACCGCCGCCCUUACACAGGAAGAGAGCACAUCAUACGUAAAGGGAAUUGUCAAGCUGAUAAGGAACCCUGGCUACGUGUUGCUACUUCUCUCGUAUGGCAUUAACGUGGGCGCCUUCUAUGCCAUCUCGACGCUUCUCAACCAAGUGGUCCUGGCGCACUUUGAUGAUGCCUCUGAGGACGCAGGUCGCAUAGGACUCCUGAUCGUGCUGGCUGGCAUGAUGGGCUCCGUGGUGUGUGGCUUCAUCCUGGACAAGACCGCCAAGUUCAAGCUGGUGACGCUAGUGGUGUACCUGCUGUCCACUUUCUUCAUGCUGGGCUACACCUUCAUCUUCAGACUCAAUCAAAUAUGGCUUGUGUAUGUCAUGGCGGCUGUCCUAGGGUUCUUCAUGACGGGUUACCUUCCUGUUGGAUUUGAGUUCGCGGCAGAGCUGACCUACCCAGAGCCAGAGGGAACCAGCUCAGGCCUCCUCAACGCCUCCGCUCAGUUCUUCGGGGUCCUGUGCACUCUGGCAGACGGACAGCUGUUGGCAGGCUUCGGCGACACAGCAGCCAACCUCCUCCUCGUGGCUGUGUUGAUAGUAGGAUCCAUUAUGACAGCCUCUAUAAAGGAAGAUCUGAGACGACAAGCGGCUCACGGAAGAACUGCAGGGUCUAACGGGGGCACCAGAAUGUGAGGGAAACAAGGACUCACCACGCCCUUCAUUGCUACUGCCGGAGACGCUGCAGGGGGAAGGAAGGUCAAGCGUCAGUAGUGGUAGUGGUAGUGGUAGUAGUUGUAAUAGGUUUGGGUUCAGUUGUAAAGGGUUUUGGGUAAGAUUAUGUGUGUUUAUAAGGGAUUAGAAGGAUGAGGGGGGUAGUGGUGGUGGUGGUGGUGGUGGUAAUAAGGAAUCGAGUGAGAUUGGUGUUCUUGAAAAGGAUUGGAUAAGGAUUGGGUGUGUUUUUGAAGGAUUGGGUUAGGUUAGAAGGGUUUUU